AUGACAACCAUUUCACAAGAUCACAAUAAGAUGAAUUUGAAACUUGUAGGAAAAAGUAUCCUUGCGAUGGUUGAAGAAAACGAGCAAUUGACCACUCCUUCAUUCAUCACAUUUGUAAGACAAAAGUUCGGAUACACCAUCACAUAUCGUAAAGCAUGGUUGGAAAAACAAUGGGUCCUCGAGCAGGUUUACGAUAAUUGGGAAGAGUCAUACAACAUACUUCCCAAAUACCUACAAGCUUUGCAACUUUUCGUCCCUGACACAAUUGUAAGGAUUCAAACUAUUCCUGUACUAGAUGAAUCCAACCAACCAAUCACAAACUAUGUCAUAUUCCAUCGACUUUUUUGGUCAUUUAAGGCAUGCAUUGAUGAAUUUGCAUCUUGUAAACCCAUUGUGUAA